AUGAAUUCGUCUAUCAUAAAUAUCGAAUCAUGGUUUAUUCCAAUUGAUAUUCUAAUCAUUACAUUUACUACUAUAACCAUUGGACUUCCCAUAUUCUUUUUAUGUCUUAUUUUAUUUGAUAAAACAUGUCAUACAAUAUCUAUGAUGUUAGUUGCUAAUUCAUGUUUAACUGCAUUUGUAUUUGCAUGUACAAUGUUUAGCUCAUUCAUAAUUAUGCUUAAAAAUGAUCUUGAACGGAUUUAUUAUCCAGAUUCAUAUUGUAUAUUUCGAGCUUAUAUUAGUUAUGCUACAUGUGCUGUAUUUAAUUAUUCUUUUGUAUUACAAGCUCUUUAUCAAUAUAUUCUUGUUAUUUAUCCACGUGUUUUAUUUUGGCAAAAACAACACAUUCAAAUAUUAUUUGUUUUUAAAACAUGGAUUUUAGGUUUUCUAUGUCCUAUUAUAUUUUUAUUUACUAAUGAAAUUGUCUACAAUCAUGAUAAUCAAGUGUGUCAAUUACCUCUUCGAUUUUCAUUUUCAGUUAUUUAUAUAUCAUCUUCUGUUUAUGGAAUUCCUGUUACAAUGAUUAUAUUUAUUUAUUAUAAAUUACUUCAAUAUGUACGAGAAAUGAGUAAAAAUGUAACAUCUAUUAAUGUUUUAGCUCGUGCUCGACGAGAAUUAAAAAUGAUUCGUAAUAUAGUCAUAUUAGUAACAAUUCUAAUUGGAGUUGGUUUUGUUUAUGCAAUAUUUAUAAUUAUGUCAUUUUUUAAUAGUUUACCAAAAUAUCAUUUUCGUAUUGCGUAUGUUUUUGGUAGUUCGUCAUUUCUUUUAGUCAUAAUUACUUUAUUUCAAUUUACUGAUCCACUUAAAAUAUCAUUAAGAAAAUUAAUCAAUAGACGACCAAAUAAAAUUGUACCAAUUAUAAUAUUGACAAAGAAAAAAAUUAACGUUUAG